AUGGAACCGAAAAAGGCCCAAUAUAUUCUCUCCGCCUACCAUGGGUUUCAGAUGCUCGUGGCGGCGGGAAUUCUGAUCACCUACGGCUUGGACGUUGGCACCCGCCAGCCAUAUGUGGAUGGGAGAUGGUAUUAUGCCUUGAUGGUUGGCACCGUGAGCUUCCUGUCGGCAGCCUUACUGGCCGUCCCUCCCUUGCGGCGGGGGGUGACAGGCGAGGGGACUGCGGCGCUCUGUGCAGUUAUCGCUAUUUUAGGCUGGGUUCUGUUUGGUAUCUUUGCUGCCAAGCCUGGCGUCUGGCUUGACAUGAUCAAUGCCAUUCUGCAUACCCUUAACUCGGUCGGCUAUCAAGCCCGCUUCAUGAACUGCUGUUGCUUCGCGAGACGUAGCCAGUUUACUGGCCGCGCGGAUAUGAACAUGGAACCCUACGCCUAG